AGCCGGCGGAGGUCGGCGGCGGCGGCGGGGCAGGAUGCGGCUGCGGUCGGGUGUGUUCGCCGCUUCCUGCCUUCUGGUGGAGGCCCUGGGGGUCGCGCUGUUUCUCCGCGGCUUCUUCCCGGUGGCCGUCAGGUCCCUGCCCCGCAGGGAGGCCCGCGGGGACCCUCCCGCCGAACCGGCCCCGCCCGGCCCAGGAAUGGUUUCUAACUGGACCAAAAUUCCACCACCGCUUUUCAAAAAAGUUGUCCUCGUGCUGAUAGAUGCUUUGAGAGAUGACUUUGUGUUUGGAUCCAAGGGUAAACAGUUCAUGCCAUAUACUACACAAGUUGUUGAGAAAGGGACAUCCUACAGUUUCAUUGCUGAAGCGAAGCCACCCACUGUGACAAUGCCUCGAAUUAAGGCUUUGAUGACGGGUAGCAUACCUGGCUUCAUCGAUGUUAUUGUGAACCUCAAUUCUCCAGCCUUGUUGGAUGACAAUCUGAUAUGGCAGGCAAAAACAACUGGAAAAAGAAUAAUUUUUUAUGGUGAUGAUACUUGGGUUAAAUUGUUUCCAAAGCAUUUUGUGGAACAUGAUGGAACAACAUCCUUUUUUGUGUCAGACUUUACAGAGGUUGAUGAUAAUGUUACCAGGCAUUUGGAUAGAGUGUUAAAGAGAGAAGACUGGGAUCUCCUAAUACUACAUUACCUGGGGUUGGACCAUAUUGGACAUAUGACUGGGCCAAACAGCCCAUUAGUGGGACCAAAACUUCGUGAAAUGGAUAACAUACUGAAGAAGAUUCAUAUUUCUCUUCUUUCAAAGGAAGAAGCUUCUCUGCCCAAUUUGCUAGUUGUUUGUGGGGAUCAUGGGAUGUCUGAAACAGGUAGUCAUGGUGGUUCUUCAGAAGGAGAAGUGCACACACCACUGCUGUUUAUCAGCUCUGCUUUUGAAAAGAGAAGUGGUCCUCUAACCCCGCCUGGACUUGUGCAACAAACUGAUUUAGCUAGCACAUUGGCAGUAGGUCUUGGUCUACCAAUUUCAAGAAACAGUGUUGGGAACCUUAUAUUGCCAGUUGUGGGAGGCAAGACAAUGAGAGAACAACUGCGUUUUGUGCACUUGAAUGGGUUCCAGCUUAGCAGACUGCUGCAAGAGAAUACACCUGCAUACGAAAAAGAUCCUGGAUAUGAACAUUUUAAGAUAGCAGAAAAGUCCCACGGUAAUUGGAUCAAGUUGUAUUUAGAGGGAAAUAAUUCAGAAAUACUCUUAAAUCUUGGCAAAAAGGUCCUGAAGCAAUACUUGGAGGCUCUGAAGACUCUGAGUUCUUCACUAAGCAAACAAGUGGCACAAUAUGACAUGUAUUCGAUGAUGGUGGGGACCGUGAUCAUUAUGGAGGUUCUGCUGCUGCUUUUGCUCAGCAUUCCAAAAGCUCUGAGCAGCCAGGCAGAAUUUGAAGUGCCCCUCUCCCCUCCACUGUUCUCUCUGCUGUUUUACUUGAUGUGUCUGAUGCUGUGUGCGGUUCAUGUCAUUGUAUGCACAUCAGCAGAAAGUUUAUGCUAUUUCUGCAGCAUGUCCUGGUUAACAGCAGUUGGAGUGAUGAUGCUGAUUUCUGCACUCAUGUGUGGUAUUUUAUCUGCCAUUGCAAAGAUCUUUGAGAAUUCCAGACUUCCACUGAAGAAUCUGGUUGUGUCCAGUUCCAGCUGGUCAGAAAUAGAUGUGCUGAUUCUGGCUGGAACAAUUGGCCAUGUUUUGAGUUUAGGGGCAAGCAGUUUUAUAGAAGAGGAACAUCAAACCUGGUAUUUUCUUAUCAAUACGCUUUGUUUGGUGCUGUGUCAGGAACUUUGUAGAAAUAAUUUUCUUCUGAAAGAAUGGGAACCUCACCAUAGCACCACUAUGAAACAAAAUUUUGAUAGUGUCGGGGAAGCCUCUGAGUGCAAGAAUAUAGACAUUCCAGCAGCAGGUAAUUCGAAGCUGAGCAAGGCCACCUCUUCGGCUGAAUUCAUAAAAGGAUCAGAUAAGUGGAUAAGCUUAGCAAGUCCAUGGAUCAUCCUUAUUUGCUGUCGGCUACUUCGAUCCUUGAAUCAGACAGGCGUCCAGUGGGCUCAUCGGUCAGACUUUGGACAUUGGUUGACAAGCUCUGAACAUAAAUCUGAACUCUCAUUCUUGGCUGCAAUCUCCCUGCUUAUGAUCCUCUUUCUGGUUCAAAGAAGGUGCUCCCUAGUUUCAAAAAUUGCUAUGGCACUCGGGCUCCUGGGAGUCUACAGUUACCGGGCAGCUAUUGGAAAUGUCAUAUUUCCAUGGCAACAUGACAGCAAAGAUAUUUCAAAGGGGAUUACUGAAGCUCGUUUUGUUUAUGUGUUUGUUCUUGGCAUAGUCUUCACUGGCACUAAAGAUUUACUGAAGUCACAGGUUAUUUCUGCAGACUCCAGUGUGAAGAGUACAGGAUUAUGGGAAGUGUAUAGUGGAUUGGUUCUAUUAGCAGCCCUUCUAUUUAGACCUCACAAUUUACCAGUCUUGGUGUUUUGUCUGCUGAUUCAGACAAUGAUGACAAAAUAUAUCUGGAGACCUUUGAAAUGUGAUGCGGCACAGAUCACUGUCAUGCACUACUGGUUUGGCCAAGCUUUCUUCUAUUUUCAGGGGAAUUCAAAUGGCAUCGCCACUGUGGAUAUUUCUGCAGGGUUUGUGGGACUUGAAAGCUAUGUGGAGAUACCAGCUAUCUUCCUUACAGCAUUUGCAACAUACACAGGACCUUUGCUUUGGGCCAUUCAUCUGCUGUGCUACUUGAGUUCUGAAGUUAACAGAUUAAAAGCUCAGCUAGUAGUGUUGCCAGGUACAGUGCUGGUUUAAACUGCUCUCAAGUGGGUAGCUGUGACCUGUAAUACCCACAUCACUUAUGUAAGUAGAUUCCAUCAAGCAGCUUGUGUCUGUAGCCAUUUUAAGGUUCACUUGGGUCAACUGGUAAGGUUGUUUCCUCUGUGAAACAGUGCAUAACUCUGGACUGGAAUCUCUGUAGCUGCUGGGACUCGUUUAAAUUGGUAUGUUAUGGUGCUCAGAACUUGGUCUAUAUGCUUUUUAUUUUAGUUUUGUGUUUUGCUGUUGCUGGCAGGUUGGUUGUCUCAUUACUUCAUUGUUAUUCCUUGGAGCCAAAGCCGAAACUGCAGAAGGCAGAGGUCCAGCUGCUUCAUGUGUUUUCUUAAAUGUAUGGGAGACUGAGCUUUUUUAAAAAACUGCUGGAUGCUUUAGAAUGUUCUUUAGAAAGGCUUCCUACUAACUUUUAUAAGCAAUGUGCCUUCGUCAGAGUCGAACACUUUCCUUUUUUUAUAUGGUUCUGAGUGCAAGAUGAAGAUCCUUUCCCUGCUUCCACUAGAUGGGAAGUUCUGAAAGAAUCCAGCUGCCCUGUUUAUUUGGAGUAUGCUGAGUGGGUCCUGUUAGAUUACUAAAGGAUGCCCUCAGGAUUCCUGACCCAUCCUGGUACAGUCUUAGCUGAAUGGAUGUGCCCAGAACUGCUCAGGAGUACCAUUCAGAGCAAAGUUCCUAGCAUACUGCGGCUGUUUUAGAGGUGAAGCAUCUGAGGAAGUUGACCUGGACAUGGAAGCCUGACUUCAGUGCUAACUUGUCUUUGUUUAUUCCAGCCACUUAGCAGAGCCCAUGUCAUUUAUAGCUGCAUCAGUUGGGUUGGCUUAACAGAGAGAGCUUCUUGCUGGAGUUCCCAGAAGCUGAACUCCACUGAGGCAUAACUUCCUAAGGGCAAGUAAACCUGCACACCCUUCCCUCUCUCUGUACUUCUGUGAAAUCACAGAAUACUUGAGUCUGGAGUCCAACCCUCCUGCCUCAAAGAGGGUCAACCACAGCAGGUUCCUCAGUGCUGUGUCAGGUUGGUAUUUGAGUGUCUCCACAGUCUCCUUGAGCAACCUUUUCCACUGUAUGACAACCCUUGCAGUAAAACAGGUUUUUUUCUGAUGUUUAAGGGGAAUUUGUCAUAUUUUAGUUUGUGUCCAUUGCCUUUCCUCCUUUCAGUGGGCACCACAAAGAAAAGCCUGGGUACAUCUUCUUUACUUCUGCCCAUCAGAUAUUAUGCAUAUCAGCAAGAUCCCUGCUGAUCCUUCUCUACUUAAGGCUAAACAGUCCCAGAUUUCCCAGCCUCUCAUAUUGGAUGCUCUGAUCCCUUCAUCAUCCUUGUGACCUUUCAGUAGACUCACUCCAGUACACCCAUGUCUGUCUUGUACUGGGGGGCCCAGAACUGGAUCCAGAACCCCAGAUGUGAUCUGAACUGUGAUCUCCAGCCCAGAACUGGAUCCAGAACCCCAAAUCACCUUAUUCAGCCUUCUGGCUCUGCUUUUUCCACUACGGCCCUGGGUUCACUCAAGGGAACAUUACUUACUUGUGUUCAACUUGUUAUCCACCAGGAACAAUCUAUGUCCUUCUCUGCCAAGCUGUUUUCCAGAUGGUCAGCCCCAAGCCUGUCCUGGUGCAUGGGUUUAUUAUUCCCCAGCUACAGGAUUUGAAAUCGCCCUUUGUUGAACUUCUUGACAGCCCAUUCCUCCAGCCUGUUGAGGUGCCUCUGGAUGGCAGCAGACCCACCUACUGGAUCAGCCACUCCUCCCAGAUUUGUGUUGUGUGCAGACUUGCCGAGGGGGCACUGUGCCCCAUUGUCCAGGUCAUUGAUGAAGAUGCCAGACAGUGUCGGUCCCAGUGUCAAGCCCUGGGGUUGAUCCUUCGUGGCUGGCCUCCAGGUCACAACCCUGUGAGCCCAGCAUGUGAGCUGUUUUCAGCCCACCUCACUGUCCACUGUCCUAGCCUGGGCUGCUUCAGUUUGCCUGUGAGGAUGUUAUGGGAGACGGUGUUAAAAGCGUUGUGAGGUGAAAGUACAUUAGAUAUGUGUAGCCCAUAUAUCUUUGGCCAGUAUGGUAUGGCGGAAUAGAAGAUCAGGAGGUUUUGAAAUAAUACAUGUGCUGUAGAAGUGUAGUUGGAACUCCUUAAACAACUUCCUUCCAUCUGAUCAAACACACGGAACUAUGAAAUAUUCUCCUCAUAGGGAAAGGUAAAUAUGUUUCUAAAAUAAUUAAGUGGCAUGUGACAGACAGUAACAUGGAUAUUAUCACCACUUUUAGUCCUUCAGGCUCUCCUAACAAACUUGGCAGUUUAAAUGUGUCGGGAUUUUCACAGACAGAAAUAGAAAGAACUUUUUUGCUUCAGUCUCCAUGGAAACUGUGCAAUAACUCUUGAAACUGUUUUUGAGACAUGGAGUACUGAUUAAACUGAUGCCUGAACUUAA